AUGAUACUGUCAGCAGUUUUCCAGCUGCUUGAUUUCUAUAGAAACAACGGUUUUAUGGUAUAUGCAAAUGCCAUGGAUAUAUCCUCGCAUAUGGAGCGAAGAGGACUUGUUUCAAGGCAUCAAUCAGAGUUGGGACAAUUCAAAAACUUGUUCGUCAGAACUUAUUUUCCCAUCAACAAUUGUGGAGGUCGUGUGGGGAAUAAGGUUUUAAAUUCUGAAAGGAGGUUUCAUUCAAGCUAUGUUGGUAAUUUAGCUCGUAGGAUGCGUGAUACAGACGAGGGUAGUGAAGUUCUCCAACUUAAAGAACUUCUCCGACGUGAUCCUGAAGCAGUGAUAAGACUUUUUGAAAGUCAACCAUCUUUACACGGCAAUCCUUCUGCACUUUCCGAAUAUGUCAAGGCAUUGGUCAGAGUUGACAGGCUGGAUGACAGCGAGUUGCUCAAGACCCUUCAGAGAGGUAUUUCCAACUCAGCAAGGGAAGAGGAAAGUAUAGGAGGCCUUUCAGUUUUCAGAAAUGUGGGAAAAUCUACAAAAGAUGGCAUUCUUGGAACUGCUGGCACUCCUAUUCACAUGGUGGCUGCAGAAGGAGGGAAUCUUAAAGAGCAGCUUUGGCGUACAAUUCGCUAUCUCGCGCUGGCCUUUCUGUUGAUUUCUGGUGUAGCUGCACUUAUUGAGGACAGAGGAAUCAGUAAAGGACUUGGUCUAAAUGAGGAGGUGCAACCUAGCAUGGAAUCUAACACCAAAUUUAAUGAUGUAAAGGGCGUUGAUGAGGCAAAGGCAGAACUAGAAGAAAUUGUUCAUUAUCUUCGAGAUCCAAAGCGCUUCACUCGUCUAGGUGGCAAGCUCCCAAAAGGUGUUUUGCUUGUUGGGCCACCUGGCACUGGCAAGACAAUGUUAGCCAGAGCUAUUGCUGGAGAAGCUGGGGUUCCUUUUUUCUCAUGCAGCGGAAGCGAGUUUGAGGAGAUGUUUGUUGGAGUUGGAGCUCGAAGGGUGAGGGAUCUUUUUUCUGCUGCAAAGAAGCGGUCACCAUGUAUAAUAUUUAUUGAUGAGAUUGACGCUAUUGGGGGAAGCCGUAACCCAAAGGACCAGCAGUAUAUGAAGAUGACUUUGAAUCAGUUGCUUGUGGAAUUGGAUGGAUUUAAGCAAAAUGAAGGUAUUAUUGUGAUUGCAGCAACAAAUUUUCCAGAAUCACUAGACAAGGCACUGGUGAGACCUGGACGGUUUGACCGCCACAUUGUUGUUCCGAAUCCAGAUGUGGAAGGCCGGCGGCAGAUUAUGGAAUCCCACAUGUCAAAGAUCUUGAAGGGAGAUGAUGUUGAUUUGAUGAUUAUUGCUAGAGGGACUCCUGGGUUCUCAGGUGCUGAUCUUGCAAAUUUGGUCAACAUUGCUGCUCUCAAGGCUGCUAUGGAUGGUGCUAAAGCAGUGACCAUGGCUGAUCUAGAAUAUGCAAAGGACAAAAUCAUGAUGGGAAGUGAGCGUAAGUCAGCUGUAAUUUCUGAUGAGUCACGGAAGCUGACAGCUUUCCAUGAGGGUGGGCAUGCCCUUGUGGCCAUCCAUACAGAAGGGGCUCUUCCUGUUCACAAGGCAACAAUAGUUCCCAGAGGUAUGUCUCUUGGCAUGGUUGCCCAAUUGCCCGAUAAGGACGAGACAAGUGUAUCCUUCAAGCAGAUGCUUGCUCGGUUAGAUAAAGCUACUGAUCUUGCAAGAGCAAUGGUUACAAAGUAUGGCAUGAGUAAAGAAGUUGGAGUUGUCACCCACAAUUACGAUGACAAUGGGAAGAGUAUGAGCACUGAGACUAGGCUUCUUAUUGAGAAAGAAGUGAAGUAUUUCCUGGAAAGGGCUUAUAACAAUGCAAAAACAAUCCUCACCACCCACAGCAAGGAGCUUCAUGUGCUUGCUAAUGCUUUGCUUGAGCAUGAGACACUCUCGGGGAGUCAGAUCAAGGCUCUGCUUGCCCAAGUCAGUUCUCAGCAGCAGCCGCAGCAGCAACAUCAACAGAUAGUUGCAUCACAGGGCAGUUCACAGUCUAACCCAGUGCCUCCUUCGACCCCUAAUCCAGCCUCAUCUGCCGCCGCUGCAGCUGCUGCUGCUGCCGCUGCUGCAACAGCGAAAGCUAAAGGCGUUGCUCCUGUUGGAUCUUAG